AUGAUGAUUUGGCAAGGGUUACUCUUCUCUGAAAGUGAAGCUAUGGCUACUUUGCAACGCCAGCAAAAUCCACAGCAAUAUCAAUUUCAACAGCAGCAACAAAUACCACAAUCAAUACAGGUUCAGGCUCCAUCAGUAAAUUAUACCGAUACUACAUGUUGUGGCCCUUUCCGCAAAGUUUUAGUUGGUAGAUCGCGUUCUACCGCUUAUGGAAUUGGCAUCGCUAUCCUAAUUACUGGUCUAGUCAGCUUGAUUACUGGUAUAGUUGGAUUCUUUGUCAAUGGAUCCUGGGUCUAUUUUUACGGACGUUAUAGAUAUAUAAUUAAUCCUGAAACCUAUAUUGGUGCCAAUAUUUGGGCCGGGAUAUUUUACAUCCUGACUGGUAUCUUUGGAAUUGCUUCGUCUAAAAAUCAAACCAAUCCUCAUUUGUUGAACUCUUAUUUUGCUUUUGCCAUCAUUUCCUUAAUUCUGGCAAUACCGCAUUUUGGUGUGAGCCUCGGUAUAUUGGUGCAGUUUAUCCAUGUCUUGGGUCGCAUGGUAUGGUUUAACAGUGUCGCCUUAAUAUUAUCCAUAAUUGCUUUUUCUUUAUCCUUGUCAUCCUUGGUUAUUUUGGGCAAUAAUGUGUAUUGCAAUCAAUCUAAAUUGACUACUGUUUCGGCGGUCCACUAUCAAGGCGCUAAUCAAGUAGUAACCAUUCAGCAAUACCCAGCACAACAUCCAGCUCCUUAUGCAGUCCAUUAUUCUGCUCAACCUGUUAUGACUUUCCAACCAACUGUUCCGGUAUAUGUUCCCAAUUCAACAACUGGGCAAUAUGCAGCCGCUGCUAAUCGAACCGCUAUUAACAAUCCAGAGAAAUCUCAAUUGCCGUCUUAUAGCAAUUUACCAGAUUUACAAAGUUCAGCUAACCAGCCUUAA